CUUCCCCACUCCGAAGCUGGCCCUGACGUCACAUACGAGCAACUGACAUCCAGUCACGGAAAAGGGCUCUCCAGGGAGGUAUAUAUUCGGCCUGUGUCGCGGGAUCGGGCUCUUAACUUGAUACUUGACUCUCAACAUGGCCGCCGCAAAGUUUACACCGACUCCCGCUUUGAAGUACGCUGAUGAACUGCACGCCACCGCGAAAGCACUGGUGGCAGAUGGAAAGGGGCUGUUAGCGGCGGAUGAGAGUACGGGGUCUAUCAAGAAGAGGUUGGAGAGCGUUGGGAAGGAGAACAACGAUGACAACAGGAGAGAGUGGCGAGACUUGAUGUUCACCGCGGAGGGUCCCUUGGAGAAAUAUCUGGGAGGCGUCAUCACCUUCGAAGAUACGCUCAUGAAGCACGACGCUCAGUUGGAGUCACAAUACAAGGGCUCGCCCUUGCGAGACGUGAUCAAGAAGCGCGGCAUCAUCCCCGGCAUCAAGACUGACAAGGGCACCAAGCCCCUUUCGCGUACCCAGCCAGAAGAAACCACAACGGAGGGGCUCGACGGCCUCCUCGCACGCUCGCAGGAAUACUACGCCGCCGGCGCACGCUUCGCUAAGUUCCGCACCACCUACAUCGUCACGGCCACGACGCCCUCGCAGCUCGCAAUCGAGGAUAACGCGAACGUGCAGGCGCGUUACGCGUCCAUCUCGCAGGAGGCGGGGCUCGUGCCGAUCGUCGAGCCCGAGGUUCUGUGCAACGGCGACUUCACGAUCGAGCGCUCCGCCGAGGCGCACAUCGCUGCGUACUCGCACCUCUUCCGCACGCUCGCGCUGCACAAGGUGGACUUUGCGGGCAUGAUCCUAAAAGCGAGCAUGGUCGUCCCCGGGGACAAGAGCGGCAAGGUCGCGACGCCCGAGGAGGUCGCGCAGGCGACGCUGCAUGUGCUCAGUAAGACCGUUCCGCCGCUCGUCCCGGGCGUCGUGUUCCUCAGCGGUGGGCUGAGCGAAGCCGACUCCAUCGCGUACCUUGACGCGAUGAACAAGCUAAAGAAGAAGGAGCCGAGCAUCGCGCCGUGGAAGCUGAGCUUCAGCUUCGGGCGGGCGCUGCAGGGCGAGGCGAUGAAGGUGUGGGCGCACUCGGGCGAUAUCAAGAAGGCGCAGGAGACGUUCAUGCUUAGGGCCAAGUGGUGCUACGAGGCCGCGCUGGGAGAGUACAAGGGAGAGGCCGGCGAGCCGUCCAAGUAA